GCGGGGGCGGCCCGCGGGAGUCCCCGGCUGGCGAGUUCAGUGAGCAGGUCCCCGAGCGCCAUGUCGUUCUGCAGCUUUUCUGGGGGAGAGGUUUUCCAGAACCACUUUGAGACAGGCACAUAUGUGUGUGCCAAGUGCGGCUAUGAGCUCUUCUCCAGCCGCUCCAAGUACAUGCACUCGUCUCCAUGGCCCGCCUUCACUGAGACAGUGCACCCAAACAGCGUGGUCAAGCGCCCUGAGCACAACCGUCCUCAGGCCCUGAAGGUAUCCUGUGGCAAGUGCGGAAACGGACUGGGCCAUGAGUUCCUGAACGACGGCCCCAAGCGCGGCCAGUCCCGCUUCUGAAUCUUCAGCAGCUCGCUCAAGUUCAUCCCCAAAGGCAAGGAUGUUCCUGCCUCUGAGGAAAAGUAGUGGGCGAGUUCUCCCCAUGAUUCUUAUUGCCACCGCCGGGGAUGGACUGGACUUCACCUGAGAAGGGACAGCAGGAAGCUCCCAGGCCUCCACAUCUGCUCCUGGGGACACCCUGUCGGCUGCCAUGCCCCAUGCUUCCCCAUUUCACGGGUCUUUGGGGGUAGUGGCUAGUGCUUGGGCACCCCCACAGUCCUCAAGGAGAUGGGCCCCGGGCUUUACUUGCUUCUGAAUGGUGGCACACCUCCCCAUCUAUGCUUCUUCUCUGCUCCCUCUCUGCCUUGUCUGAAUGACCCUGUUCCCAAACCAUACCCUGCCCUUCCUCAGAGCACCCACCUCCCCCCAGGACCUGGAAGAGAAAGCAGUUGAGAUGCCCACUGGCCACCCCAGCCCUGUCACUACAUGACCCGCCCUGGUGAAACCCUCAGGCAACCAGAGUGGUGACGACCUGUGACUCGCUGGAAGCUGUCCCCACCUAUUCCUGCUUACGGAGGACUUUUGAGCCCUAUUUCUCCAUCUGUGCAACCGAAUUGCCUCAUCGGGCACAGGAAAUGACUGUGCCUACAGCCUUGCACACUGGAGGCCACACUCCCUGUGCAGGGCUCAACAGUGGACAGUACAACUUCCCUCUGGCUGGGGUCCUUUUCAGAAUCAUGAAAUCAGUGCAGUAUA